CAGCAACAAGCAAGCUGCAACAGGGAUUAUCAGAAACAGCAAACACCCGAAAACCUAGAUUGUGUUGCGAACCGAAGUAUUCUUCGAGAAUUGAUACUGGAAUAUCCUGAGGGCCUGCGCAUUGCAUUGGUUUUGUGAAAGAAGCACAUUUUUAGGUGUGGACAGAGACGAGCAUUGACGACCAGAUUUCUGAAAAUGAUGAACUCACGUUCAUUGCGUCGUCUAGCCGGCGAUCAUGCAGCUCUACACAACAACCCACUACCACCAAACUACCUCUUCGACCCCUCAGCACCAUCAGAAUCCGACCUCACAUCCCUAGACAUAUUACUCGCAGGACCAAAAGCCACACCAUACGAACACGGCGUCUUCAAAUUGCAUCUCAAGAUCCCAACCACAUAUCCUCAGGAACCGCCAAAAGCAUAUUUUCGCGACAAGAUUUUCCAUCCGAAUGUGGACGACAGGACUGGAGCUGUUUGUGUGGAGACGUUGAAGAGGGAUUGGGAUGUCAAGUUGACUUUGAGGGAUGUGUUGGUGACGAUUGCUUGUUUGUUGGUGCAGCCGAACGCGAGUAGUGCGUUGAAUGCUGAGGCGGGUAUGUUUCUGGAGCAAGGGGAUUGGGGGCAGUUUGAGAAGAGGGCGAGGAUGAUGACCAAGUUCCAAUCUGCUGUGCCGAAACACCUCAAGGAGGCUGUGGCGGAAGCACAGAGUAGGGGUGAAGAGAAGGAGGACCUGGAACGUAAAGAUUCGGCGCUGAAUUUGGGGUCUGCGCGAAGGGCGAGGAGGAGAGGAACGCCUUUGCCGAGAGAGAUGAUGGGGACGCCGGUCGAGAGUGGGAGGAAAGCGACGAGAGCAGACACGCCGCCUCCACCGCCUGUUACUCGAGCAUCAGCACCUUCACGGCCCUUCGUGCGUCAAUUUGCCAGAGAUGAUGUCUUUGGUGCUGUCCGUCUCCCUGCACCAAACGCCACCCCUAUCAUGGCAGACGACUCAUCCGAACUCCUACCCGCCGAGCGAGACACAUCCCCAAUCAUGGAUCCAAUCCCCCGACUAUCACCACGACGCCAAGGACCUCCUCCAGCACCUCUGGUCGACGUCUCAAUGACAGACUCGGAAGCAGAAUACCCACCCUCACCCAAAAAGAGCCCUCAAAAGCAAACUCGCGACCCUAGCAACCUCAGCAUCGAAUACCCACCUUCACCGAAGAAGAGUCCGAAGAAACGAGCGGAUUUCUCAUUCCCCCCUCCCGCACGCCCGGAACCGAGUAGAGCAGAAAGCAGCCGCGCAGGAGCAGCACGUCAACUCCAAUUCACCGCACCCAGAGAAGCUCAAAACACCCCUAGUAUCAUGGACUCAUCCUCCCUACUAGAGCCAAACGUCACAUUCGACCUAGGCACGGAAACAGAACCGGAUACGGAGAUUGAAGCGUCGUUUGAAUUGCCAAAACGCAGGUCCGCUGUCGCGGCUAACAAAAGAUUGGCUACACGACAAGCACGCACUCUUCGUCGUAAGCCAAAAAUGACACCCCGACAAGAUCUACCUCCGAUACCUCAACUCAAGGCUUCGAGAAGACCAUCUCCAGUAGCUACACCUCAACGUCCCGUCUCCCCAGCAAGCUCCUCUUUCCACGCUGCUCCUUCUUCUGUCGCCCAACAUCAAGACCUCAGCAGUGUGAUUCUGGAGCCGGUGGAGCAAUUACAGGAUAAGAUCCGUAAAUCUCAAUCUCAGUCUCCGAAAGAGGUCAAAGAAAAAGCGUUGGAGAGGAAAUUGUGGAGGCUUUGUGGUGGGGAUAUCGAGCGUUGGAAUAGAGGUGAUUUUGGAGGAUUCUUUGAGAUCAAGGGGGCGAGAUGGUGAUGUGUGUUGAAGAGGUCAAGGUCAAGGUCAGGAGAGAGGAGAAUUUAUGAACAGUAGAGGAAAAGAGUCUACAAAGUCGAGGUCUGGUGGGAUCCUGUGGUGCAUCUAUCUUCCUAAGGUGGG